CUUGUGGAAUUACACACUUAAGACAUCCACUGUCCAGUCUCGUCACUCCGUGGACACGUCACUUUAACAACAAAAAGUGACGUAUUUGGGACUUUUGUUUUCCCUUGGCGAAGCUUGUUUUUGUGUCGUUUUUCGCAAUUUGACGACUUUUGGGUGCCCGUGCGUGAUAACUUCACAACCGUAAGGGGGACAAAAAAGGAUAAACAGAACCAUGGCAGAGACAUCAGCAUCCCCGGCUAAAGCCAAGAAAUCCUCCAAACCCAAGAAGCCCGCUUCUCAUCCGAAAUAUUCGGACAUGAUCCAAGCGGCUAUCGUGCACGACGCCAGCCGGAGCGGAGCGUCCCGUCAGUCCAUCCAGAAGUUCGUCCGGAAGAACUACAAGGUGGGCGACAACGCUGACGUCCAGAUUAAGAUGGCCCUCAAGCGGCUGGUGGCGUCCGGGUUUUUGAAGCACACCAAAGGCAUCGGCGCGUCCGGUUCUUUCCGACUCGCCAAGGCGGACGACGCCAAAAAGUCCACCAAGAAGCCGGCUGGGAAAACCAAGAAGCCAGCUGCUAAAACUGCCAAGCCGAUCAAGAAAGUGGCCAAGCCCAAGGUGAAGGUGCCGGCGAAACCCAAGAAAGCAGCCGCAAAGAAGAAGUCGGCUGCCAAGUCGACUAAAAAGGCCUCGCCGGUGAAAGCCAAGAAGACUGCGGCCACGCAGAAGAAGAACAAGCCGGUCAAGGCGACCAAACCCAAAGCCAAGCCCACCAAGAGGGCGGCGAAGCCCAAAGCCAAACCCGCCAAGAAGGCUGCCAAAGCGGGCAAAAGGAAGUAAAGGGACACUAUCACAGACUGUGUAAAUAUUCCUAAAAAAAAAAGGACUCAUUUUCGUAUAUGUAUUAUUUUUGUAAGAUUCCAUGCAAACCUCUGCUAAACUCAACUCCAAACUAUUUCAAGCAUUCAAAAUAACUUCAUCAUGGUUUUUAAGGAUUCCUAAUGUACAUUUGUGCUAGUUGUGACAUUGGUGGUCCCUAUGUAGUGACGUUAUCAAGGUCCUAGUGCUUUACUGUAGCGGAUCCGUUCAUUCCAUCCAUUUUAAUGUGCAAACCCAAUAACCCGUGAUCCUAAUCCACCUGAUUUUGUAUCGACGUUCAAUAAAACGCAAGAGAACGUG